AUUAUUCGAGUGGAGGGGGACGGAUUGGAGACACCGAACUUGAAGAAACUUGACUUCUCCUCGAAUUCCCUGACCUCUAUCCCAACCCUCAAAUUUGGCAGCCUCGAGAUACUGCAUCUUGGGUUCAAUAAGAUUACUCAAAUGGAGGGAGACGGAUUGGAGACACCGAACCUGAAGAAACUUGACCUAUCCUCGAAUUCUCUGACCUCUAUCCCAGCCCUCAAAUUUGGCAGCCUUGAGAUAAUGGAUCUUCAGAAAAAUAAGAUUACUCGUGUGGAGGGACACGAAUUAGAGACUCCGAACUUAAAGGAACUUGACCUCUCCUCGAAUUCCCUGACCUCUAUCCCAACCCUCAAAUUUGGCAGCCUCGAGAUACUGCAUCUUGGGUUUAAUGAGAUUACUCGAGUGGAGGGAGAUGGAUGGGAGACACCGAACUUGAAGGAGCUUGACCUCUCUGCGAAUUCUCUAACCUCUAUCCCAGCCCUCAAAUUUAACAGCCUUGAGAUAAUGGAUCUUCAGAAUAAUGAGAUUACUCGUCUGGAGGGACACGAAUUAGAGACUCCGAACUUAAAGGAACUUGACGUCUCCUCGAAUUCCCUGACCUCUAUCCCAACCCUCAAAUUUGUUAGCCUCGAGAUACUGGAUCUUGGGUUUAAUAACAUUACUCGAGUGGAGGAUGAAAGAUGGAAGACUCCGAACUUGAAGAAACUUGACCUCUCCUCGAAUUCCCUAACCUCUGUCCCAGCCCUCAAAAUUGACAGCCUCGAGAUACUGUAUCUAAGGUUUAAUAAGAUUACUCGAGCGGAGGGAGAAGGAUUGGAGACUCCGAAAUUAAAGGAACUUGACCUCUCCAUGAAUUCUCUAACCUCUGUCCCAGCCCUAAAGUUACACAGCCUUGAGAUAAUGGAUCUUCAGAAAAAUAAGAUUAUUCAAGUGGAGGGACACGAUUCAGAGACUCCGAACUUAAAGGAACUUGACAUCUCCUGGAAUUCUCUAACCUCUGUCCCAGCCCUCAAAUUUGGCAGCCUCGAGAAUCUGCAUCUUGGGUUUAAUAAUAUUACUCGAGUGGAGGGAGAUGGAUGGGAGACUCCGAACUUGAAGAAACUUGAUCUCUCCUGGAAUUCUCUAACCACUGUCCCAGCCCUGAAGUUACACAGCCUAGAAAUACUGAAUCUUGGAUCUAAUAAGAUUACUCGAGUGGAGGGAGACGGAUUGGAGACUCCGAACUUGAAGAAACUGGAUCUCUCCUCGAAUUCUCUAACCUCUGCCCCUGGCCCAAAGUUAGGCAAUCCCAUCUAUUGCGACUGUGUAGCUGCUUGGCUUGUAGUUAAUCAGAAUUUCCUCGACAGAGUGAGAGUGAUAUGUAACAACGGAACGAAAUGUCAAGAAUUGGACUUGGAUGCAAUGAAAAGUUGUCCCGCUCCAUGUCCAUACAUGAUAGUUGAUGCCACUCUACCUGAAGAGGUUGGCAAAAACAACACAGAAUGCAUUAAACACGGUAGGUAUGAGACUGGAACCGUUGUAGAAUACGAGUGCAACCAGUAUUACAUUCUGAAGGAAUCCCGGCGUCGGAUUUGCAAAACGAACGGACAAUGGAGUGGAAGAAAUCAAUUCUGUGAGCCGGGUGGAAAACCUUCAGGAAUUGGAAAGUGGCCUUGGCAAGCUGCCAUUUAUGACAUCAAAAAUGAGCUCCUCAUUUGCGGAGGGGCUCUCAUACGAGAAGACUGGGUUCUGACCGCCGCUCAUUGCCUCGCCGUGGAUGGUACUGCACGACUUCGACCCAAGGAUGAGUUCCUCGUAUAUUUAGGAAAACAUUAUCGUAAUGACUCCUUGGACGACGAAUUUGUAGAGAAGAGAAAGGUUUCUACGGCUAUCCUUCAUAGUGGCUUCAACCGAUACAACUUCGACUCUGACAUUGCCUUGUUGAAACUAAGCCACCCAGUAGAGUUGACCGAGCGGGUGCAAUUGAUAUGCCUCCCGACAUAUCAGUUCCUUCACUUCUCCGAAGCAAAUCUUGAGGAUGGAAAUAUAGGAUGGGUGGCUGGUUGGGGUGCAAAUGGUUCGGAUAUCCCCAGUGAUGUAUUGACGGAGAUUGAAAUUCCAGUUUUAUCAAAUGUCAACUGUCUUAGAGAGACCAUAAAACGAAAGGGGAAAGGCGCCACACAAACACUUAACUCGCAGUCUUUUUGUGCCGGCCACGACGAGGAAGCUUCUAAAGAUUUCCAAUUGGUGUGUUCCGGGGAUUCAGGAAGUCCGAUGGUCUUCUAUACUCAGGCCUUGAGGCAAUGGCAGAUUGAAGGAAUCGUGAGCCACUAUCUCGGCAAGAAGCGCUGCUCCAUGAUGCUUCCAGGCGAAUAUGGCAUUUUCACUAGAGUCAACCGGUUUCUGGAUUGGAUUCUUCCAAAGAUUGAGGACGCACGAUGAGGACCCUCUGGUUAUUCUCGAGAAUGUCAUGAGUUUCACUCAUAACUUGUACUAUGCAAAAUAAACAAAAAAAAAACAUUAUUCACGUUAAAC